CUCAAGGAACGAGGAUCUAACUAUUCGACUAUUGUUCUUUCUUUAUGGUUUUUCUUGUCACUUUUUUCUCUCUUUCAAACUCAAACUUUCCCUUUCCACAACUCUCUCUCUCUCUCUCUCUCCUUCUUCUUCUGAGAGAGAACUAGAAGAGCUCAAAAACCCUAAACCCUUCAACUUCAUCAUUCCAAAGAAUGCAGAAAGCCACUCUAUUACUCUCACUACUCUUCCACUUUUUCUCGACCAUAACCUCAAAAUCAACAAUCGAACCAUGCACAAACUCCGACACAUGCAACGCUUUACUCGGUUACACACUCUACACAGACCUCAAAGUCUCCGAAGUUUCAUCUCUCUUCCAAAUCGACCCUAUCUCUCUCCUAACUGCCAAUGCCAUUGACAUCUCUUACCCCGACGUAGAACACCACAUCCUCCCUUCCAAACUCUACCUCAAAAUCCCAAUCUCAUGUUCCUGUGUCGACGGGAUUCGCAAAUCCGUUUCCACCAACUACAAAAUUCGUCCUUCUGACACUCUUUCCACCAUUGCUGACUCUGUUUACGGUGGUUUGGUUUCUUCCGACCAGCUUAAAGAGGCUAAUUCUAUUUCCGAUCCUUCUGUUCUUGAUGUUGGACAGAACCUUGUUGUUCCUCUUCCUUGUACUUGUUUCAAUGGUUCUGAUAAUGCUUUGCCUGCUAUUUAUCUGUCUUAUGUUGUUCAGCCACUUGAUAGUUUGAGUUAUAUUGCUGCUAGAUAUUUUACUACUCUUACCGAUUUGAUGAAUGUUAAUGCUAUGGGAAGUACUUCUAUCUCUGAUGGUGAUAUUCUUGCUAUUCCUAUUCCGGCCUGUGCUUCAAAUUUUCCGAAAUAUGCUUCUGAUUUCGGCUUGCUUGUCCCUAAUGGAAGCUAUGCCAUUACAGCAGGCCACUGUGUGCAAUGUAGCUGUGGACCCCGAAACUUAAAUUUGUACUGUAUGCCGGCUUCUCUAGCUGUUUCUUGCUCCAGCAUGCAAUGUAAAAGCAGCAAUCUUAUGCUUGGCAAUGUUACCGUGCAACAGACUAGUGGUGGUUGUAAUGUGACUUCUUGCAGUUAUGAUGGUCUUGUUAAUGGCACCAUAGCGACAAUGUUGACACCGUCUCUUCAGCCUCGAUGCCCAGGGACACAGGAAUUUCCUCCUCUUAUCGCCCCACCUACAACUGUUGCGAGAGAAUCAGUAUUUGCACCGGCACCGUCUCCAUCAUCGCUGUUAGAUGGAACUGAUGGGAGAUCACCCAAAUCCUCUGUGGUGCCUUCAACAGGAUUUACUCCGGCUAAUGGCCCUGUUAGUGGAAUUUCUUCUGGUGCUUCUGCUGCAUGCUCUUUGCUGAAACCAUUACCCAUUUUGACAGUUCCACUUGUGUUAUUACUUGUCAAGUUGAUGAUCCCCUUAGCAUUGUAAUCUUGUCAGUUUUGCGGUGGGUUUAAUUAUGUCUUUGCCACAGGUGCUCCUAUCUAUUGUAGUUGCUAGUAUUCAUUUGUACUCUUUAACUGAUUGUGAAUCUGGAAAACUAUGGAAUUACGGGUUUAAAAUCUUAUGUUUAGCCUUUUGUUA